AUGGCCUUUCUCCCUACCUGCGGUCGUAUCUUCACUUUCUACAACGUCAAGUGGUCAUACAUUGUCCUGCUGCUCAUCUUCGAACUGGGCUCUGUCAUCUGCGCUGUAGCCCAGAACUCGACAACUCUCAUUAUGGGACGCGCAGUGUCAGGCGUGGGCGCUGCGGGCUUGAUGAGCGGAGCGGCCAUUAUCAUCUCAUACUGUGUGGCGCUAAGGAAACGCCCGGUCCUGAUGGGACUUAUCUCUAUCGUUUAUGGCGUUGGAUCUGUGCUGGGUCCGCUCGUUGGUGGAGCCAUAACGGACAACUCAAAGCUCACUUGGCGGUUCUGCUUCUGGGUCAAUCUUCCUGUUGGAGCCGUUGGGCUCGCUCAGAUAUGGUUCGCUCUCCGGACGCCCCCGAUGGCAGUGAAAGCAGGACUACCUCCCAAGAUAAAGUUACGUCAGCUAGAUCUACCAGGCGCCACUGUUUUGAUUGGCUCGGUCGUAUGCCUGAUGCUCGCUCUGCAAUGGGGAGGCAUCGUCUAUCCAUGGUCUAAUGCAAAGGUUUAUGGCUGCUUGAUCGGAUUUGGCCUGACCUUGAUCCUGUUCCUUGUGAUGCAAAUGAAGGACACAAACAGCUGUACUGUUCCACUCUAUCUGUUCGCGAAUCGCACUGUCUGCGUAGCGAGCGGCUUCAUGAUGUUCCUCCAACUGGCCAUAACCGUGCAGACAUACUACUGGCCUAUAUACUUCCAGUCCGUCAAAGACACCAGCGCCAAAGACUCGGGCAUCUACAUGUUUCCGUUUGCCAUUUCAACCAUGUUCUCAACUUUUGCGGCUGGCUGGGUCAUUUCCAAAGUGGGCUACUACGUCCCGUUCAUGUGGAUUGGUGCUCCUACCCUUGCCGCAGGCGGUGGGCUCUUUAAACUUCUCAAUGCGCACAGCCCAGCGUCGAGCUGGAUCGGAUACCAGAUCGCCAGCGGCAUUGGCUACGGUAUCUGUGGGCAGAUACCGGUCCUGGCGGUGCAGGUAGUUCUCGACAAGGAGGACGUGCCGACAGGCUGCGUUUUCGUCAUUUUCUUCGAAUGCCUCGGCGCCUCCUUGGGACCCAGCAUCGCCCAGAAUCUCUUCACGGACACCCUUCUGAAAAGUUUACGCGGGAUCGACGGCUUAGAUGGUGCAGCAGUGGUCGCGGCAGGCGCAAAAGACUUUCGGCGGUUAAUCAGCCCAGAAUUACUAGACAAGGUGAUCGAUGUAUUCGGGGAGGCUUUGUGGAACGUGUUUCUGCUGACCCUUGUAAGUUCCAUCGUUGCUCUUUUCAUCAGUGCAGCGAUGGAGUGGCGCAGAUUGCCCGAAGAUACAAAGUGA